AUGACCCCUUCUCUGCACUCAUCCUCGGAAAGUUUGGACGUUGGUCGGUGGGGCUUGAAGCCCCUCUCUCCCUGUUUUACACCCCUCGCCCCCGUUAUUCAGCCUCUUUUUUCUUCCUCCUCUUACCACCCCCACCCUUUCCUCUCUCAAGUUCCCCGAAGGGCGCUUAGUGCGCGGGACUGGCGGAGGACGGGGGAUCUGUACGCCUUGGGCGGGGGAGGGGGGGUGUUCCAAGAGGCCGGGGCGCGAGCAGGGGCUGGGCAGCAGGUAGACAGCCUCGGGCCCGAGCGGGCAGCGGGCACAGCCGAGGGCUGCUCCCGGCGGCGCGGGCGGCGCGGACUCGGGUGCUGGCGAACGGAAGGCAGGUCCGUUAGGAGGCGGGAACGCCGGGCCUUGGGGCCAGGGACCCGGGAGGCGGCUGCAGCUCUCGCCAGGCGCUUUCGCUGCCGGUUGUGCGUUAGACUAGAGGAUAGAUGCCAGCGGCUUGGGAGGUUCCAUGUCUGCAAAACGAACUUCACCUUCUUCGCCUCUCUCCGCAUCAAGUGCGCCUUCCGGCCGGGAGCAGCUAAGGGAAGAGGGGCUGGAAUGCGUCGGGUCUCGCCUUCCUUCUACUUCUAGUUCACUCCCUCCUCCCCCCAUUCUUUCUGAUCUUUUCUAUCAGAAAAUAAUAAUAAUAAAAUUUCUCAUGGAAUUGUAUAAAGUUUCUCUGCCGAUGCCCAAGUUACUAAGGGUUUCC